GUGUGUGUUGUUGUUAAGUCCCGGCGCCCUGUGUGCGUUAAGUGAGCGGAGAUAAAGCCGGAGGGUCCGCGGAGGGUCGGAGCGGUGGGCUUGGGGGCUGCCUCGAUGGAAGACGAGCCGGCGGGCCGCAGAGACCCCCGCAGCCGGCCGCCGGAGAGCAGUCCCAUUCUGUGGAGACCCUGGAUCCUCACAGCCAGAGAUACAGAGCUGACAAGAAAUCAGAGGCUGCCUGUUUCUGAUGGUGACCCCAGCUGUUUUGGAUCAAAAGGUGCCUUAGGGUUUCAGCAUCCUGUGAGGCUUUAUUUGCCAAGAUCUAAGCGUCAUGAGUACCUACACAGCUCUGGAGAGAAAGUUCUGGCCAGUUUCCCAGUGCAAGCCACAAUUCACUUCUACAACGACGAUUCUGACACCGAAGAUGAGGAGGAUGAGGAUGAAUUUCAGCCCUACGAAUUGGGUUUCGACAGCAGCUUCCGUGAGGUGGUCGAAAACCCUGCUGGAAAUGACCCAACGCUAGUCAACAGUGAGGAGCAUCCCAGUGAAAGCUGCCUCUUGGCUGGAAAAGCGAGCUGUCCCCCCCAGCCAGUCGGGGGUGUUUUUUUAGGACUGUGAGCCCUGGCUGAUGUGUCCAACUACCCUCAAAUUAGCAAAACCAGUGUCAGUUUGAUUUCCCACCAACUGAGCAGUUUAAUGCACUGUUCUCAGCUACCGGCUACAGGGGCUGUAUCACCUGCUAGUUCCUUCAGAACCAAUGUUCCUUCCACUCCUCAACUCUAGCAGUCUCAGGGUUUCCUCUUGUGGCAAUUCCAAAUCUUCUGGCUGCUGGUUCCUGCUAGUUGUUUUUUUGUUUUUCGCAUGGCCUUUUAGCAAUGCUCUCCCAGAAAACAAAGCAUUGAAAACCCAUCAGGUUUACAGGCCAAAGAAAGAUUCGUAUCUACAUGGGCAACUUUCAGCUUCAUUACUUGGCAGAUGACCAAAUUACAGAAGAAUAACAUCAUCGUAAAAGCUCCACUGAGAAAAAUAGCCUAAUCUUCUAUCUCAUUCCACCCAGUGCUUUGCAGGCACUAAAAUGGCCAUCAUUUUUUGAACAAUCCUCCUUAUUUAAUAUCUCUGUUCAGUGAAGAUGGUUUUGCCUCUGUUAAAGACCUGGUUUGGCGUACUAGGUUUUUGCUCUGAAAGAAGUUAUCAAAUUCAUGCACACACACCCUGAAUAUUUUCUAGUUUUAACAAGAAAAGGGAAAGAUUUGUCUGGGUUUUUUAUGAGGAUGGUGUUUCUACAUAUAAAGCUGGUCAAUCUUUAACUCUUCCUAGUUCUUGACCACAAUGCACAGUAUAGCAAUCUUUUCUGGCCAUGCUAAAGUAAUUAUACAAUUAUUACUGUUCUUUCUCCUUUUUUCCAGCAACUAAAAUUUUCCAUUUUUAUUUGACUGUAAGAUUCAACACAUCACCAAAUCUUUAUAGAUUCUGAGAGGAAAUAUUUAUGGAAAAGGAGGAUUUUCUUAUAUUUUUGUGAUUUCAAACCCUAUGUGACCUAUGGCUCUUACCUUUCUUGCAGUUCCUAAAUCUGGGCUACCUAUUACCACCUUUUGCUGUCCCAGGGCCCUUUUUGUUAGCUUUUCUCCUUCUUUCCUGUGCUGCUUAGCCCCACUGGUCUUAUAAGCUGCAAUUUAAUGGCUUGCCUAGAAGGUAGAGGGAUAUUUUAGAACAAUUUCUUCUCCUGGAAAAAGCGCCUCUUAGAAUCCAAUAAAUAGGGUCUAUUUCUCUAGUUAAGUGUGUCCUGCAGUGUUUUGCUGAGUGUUCUGAGAAUUACUGUCAUCUUGUAAAUACUCUGUACAGUUUCUACCCAUUUGUAAUAAAUACUUUAAAUGAAAACA